UAAAUCGGUUCUGGGGCAGCAACUCUAUUCAACAACACGGAUAAAGCGGCUAGCAAUAAGGAUACGGUUUACCCCUUUGUCGCUGUUGAGAUAGCCCCACCUCGGGAGAAGCUCGGUCGACCCCUCACCAACGGAACGGCCGCAGCCUUCAUCUCGAAGGCAGCAUCCCACACCCGAACGGAUCGUGUGGCCGGGCCAAGACAGUAUACACAUCAGACAAUGGAGGCACAGCUCCUCCUCAGGACAGCGACGUCACGGCCGCUCGUCGCCACCAGCCGCCUGGGCAGCAGAGCCCCGCUCCUCUGCCAGCAGCAGCGACGUACGAAGCUGACGUCGAACCGGCUGAAGCGAGCGCUCAACAUCCCGCCGCACCCAGACUUCCUCGUCGACCCGAGCCGCUCCCAGGGCGACGUCGUCAUCUUCAACCCGCCCGCCUCGGAGCCGUCUGUUUACCACACCCCGUUCAAGUUCCUGCCCAAGAACGACCCCCGCCGGCGCUCCAACCUCGCGAACCUAUUCACAUCUGUCUACCCCUCAAAAUCAUCACACACGGGCGACGCAGCAGCAUUACCCGUAGAUUCCCUGCCCGCCGUCAAAUCAUCGACGUCGCGGCUCGUGACUGAGGCCGAGGUGCGCGAGAUGCGCGAGAAGCGCUUGUCCGACCCCAAGCGCUGGAGCGUCACGGUGCUCGCGCGCGAGUACAAGACCACCAAACCCUUCGUCAUGCUCGCCACGGGCACCGCCAAGAUGACAGCGCACAAGCGCGAGAUGCAGGCCGAGCUCGACAAGGUCAAGGAGCGCUGGGGCCCCAAGAAGAUCAAGGCCCGCGAGGACCGCGACAGGAGGCGCGGGAUGAUGUUCAACGGAGAGAUAUAGGCGACUAUAAAGACUUUUGUUUGGUCCAGAGACUGUAUUCCUCCAUGCCACUCUCAUUCCCCCGACGGAGAUGCCGGCCGCAAGCGAGGCCGGUGAGGCCAACCCAUGGUUGGCGAACAUCCCACUCCAAUGGGCUGAUGGGCAUCAAACACAAUAUUCUGGGCGCCAACUCUCAGGUCGAUACCGGAUGAUCAGUUGGGGACUUCCAAACGCCCGAGGAGAACUUGCGGACCAUGAUACCCGGCUGUCGAGGCGGUUGAGCCCCCAGGACGAUAUUCGUAUCAGCACCUUUCCCACCUCCGGCGGUAAAGGUGCUCAACCCGAGUAAGGCUGAAGCCAACAACGAUGGUUUGCCCAGAGUCGAUAUCUUUACGCCAUGUACUAUACAGUGUAAAAGACACAUGUUGUAUAUUGAAUCCAUUGUGUCGACGAUUCUCCUUUAUCUCCUGUUUUGGUUGCAUUGAUCUUGCCGUUCAUGGCUCGUGAUUCAGUCAGAUUCCAGGGGAUUAGUUCCGGGAAUGAUGCGGGGGGUCUGCGCUGCUCUGAUAGAAACCUUGGCCCAAGAAGCAGCAGAGUGUGUCGUAAAAUGAGCCGAGGAAAGCUGAGCAACCAGAGGCAACUCCGCUAUUGCUCUCUUUGCUGUUUUAUACAUUGUCAUUUACCUGGUAGGUAGGUAGUUGUAAAUUGUACCUAUCGGUUUGUUGGCUUGCCAAAACAAUCGCAAACUCCUAUUGAAUUGUUAUGCUCUCCGGCUCAAGA